UUUUCAUUACAUUUGAUUUUCAUCGUAUAUCAUUUCAUUUUAUUUAUUUAUUUAUUUUUUUAUAUUAACGCAUGAUAUACCGAUGUAUAUGAGGAACGUAAGGACGUCAAUCGAGGGGGUAGGGCGAGGCAGCGAGAACGCAAUACCAAGGGAGCAAACUCAGUAAGGCAACAAGUCUCGUGUCCAAGGAAUAUAGUGAAGUUUUCGCGUUCUCGUCUUGUAGAUGACGACCCAAAGAAACAAGAGAGCGAAACUGAGGGAUCAAAUGAUCCCAAUAAAAUAAUCGUCGCAGACACAAAAAUUUCUAAUUUUGGAAUACUGAUUCAAGGUAUGUACAGUGUGUAGUCUGCUUCACAACCCAGGUUACCAUGUUGGUCUUUUACUAAAAGUAGGAGGUGGUCCGGGGGUGGGUGGACAGAGGAAGGCUAGGAGCAAAGGGGACAGGGUAAGAGGGAUGGAAGGAGAGUGGGUCACCCUAUCAACCCCUACGAAUUUUAAAAUGUUAUAUUGCUGGUGUCAUUGAUCAAAUUAAGGAAUUCUGAAUUUGUGAAGGAUGUCGGAAACGAGUAUAUAUCGGUCAACAUCUUCCAUUCAGGACAGGUAUCAAGAUCGUGUCAAUUUCCUGUCUUUUUCAUGACAAUCGCCAGUUUGUUUAUAUACUUUAAAAUCAGCAACAAUAUUGUUUUCGCGAAUCGGACUCGUAUACCAGGUACAAUUAAUGAAAGUAUUUCAAAGUAUACACCGCAUUGUCCUGUCAGUGAAUCUGUGUUUAUUUAUCUAGCCCAAUAAAAGCGGGUAUGACCUGAUACAAACCAGACUGCUAGACAAAUUCAAUAGUAUUUUAAUUUAAACUGAAUUCCACAGGCAAAUUGCGGCAAUAUUUCUACUGCGCUGUCCCCGUGAACUUAAAAGUCGCACGGAUCACUGGGUGUCUUCUGUUGGUGAUUUAAUAUUUAUUUAUUUUAUUUUGAGUUUCGGUGCAGAUUUUUUUUAUUUUGAAGCGAUCGUAAAAUUCAUUAACAGUCUGAGACUUAAAAGUCUUACCUUAGUGGUGAUUACGUCAUAUCCUCUGCUCCCCCUACCAGUCGACUCGUCCGGGGAUCACACGUGCUCUCGAAAAUAUUAUUGCAGUCAACAUUUGACAGUUGGUGAUAGGGGUGCUAGAAGAAUGUACGAGUAGCACGGUGCUGUGAACAAGGUACCCCGUGAGAUAGAUAUGUUUUGCGAUUAAAACCAAUUUUACCAGCAGUUUUUUCCCCACCAAGGAACUCCCCCGAAAAGAAAUUUAUUUAUUCAAGAAAAACCUUAUUUUCAUUUCUUCGGAUGGUAUAAUCGCACCGUCACCAGCGGAGACUCGGACAGCCUCUUGAUGAUUUUUUAUUCGAACUGACUGAAUUUUUUGGAGCCUGUUGUGUUACAAUGUGGUUUAGGAAUAUAUUGGGGUUGAUUUUAACCCAAACUUUAUUUUUACUGACACCGGUGCGAGGACAAUUUGAGUCAGAUGAUAACAUUGAUGUAUUGGGAGCUAUUGGUGUCCCAGGGUCAAAGAGAGGUAUUAAGUAUGCGCAAGGGAUAGAUGGGUUCCCCGCCUUCGAGAUACAAGACAACGCCCACAUUAAGGAACCUGCUCAAGCAUUUUUUAAGAGCCAAAUUUAUAAAGACUUUGCAAUAGGCAUGACUGUAAAACCAGCCAGCAUAAAUGGUGGUUUUCUAUUUGCAGUGAAAAAUCUCUAUAACACUGUAGUGCAGUUUGGUGUAGAAUUGACAAAGAACAAAUUAGUUUUAUACUAUACUUCGAAUGUUCGAUUUGCAUCAACGUCUAAAAAAUUAGUGUCGUUUGACAUUGGAAAUAUUCAUAACAAGUGGACCAAAUUGUCUUUAAAAGUACAAGGUGAUGAAGUGACGUUAUACAAGAAUUGUGCCAAAGUGGAAACGGUAAGAGUUACGGGAAAGAACGGCCCAUUAGAUGUUGAGGGAGGAGCUAAUAUGUACGUUGGACAAGGUGGAGAAAAUUUCAAGAACAAAUUUACAGGUGCCAUCCAGGAACUGAAGAUAUACAAAGAUCCAAAAGAGGCAACAAAUGACGACUGCGAUGAUCAGAUUUAUGGAAGUGGCUCAGGAAAUUCAGGAGUAGGUCCUGACACUGGUAUCAUUGCUCCAAUCAUAACUCCUCCUCCAAUUUUUAACAAGGGGGAGAAGGGUGAACGUGGAGUGCAGGGUUUUAAGGGCGACAAGGGAGAUCAGGGGUUACCUGGAAAUUCCUCGAAGGUCACAGGUACUGGAGAAAAAGGUGAGAAGGGGGAACCAGGAGAACCAGGUGUUAAAGGUGAUACAGGGAGUCCUGGGAAAGAUGGCGCUGAUGGAGCCCCAGGUGAAGUGGGACUUCCAGGCCAGGGCGGGAUUCCAGGCCGAAAGGGAGACCAUGGGGACCAAGGCCGACCGGGAGUACCAGGCAUCGGUGUACAGGGUCCCAAGGGAGAACCUGGGGCACCAGCAGUCAUCAACAUGAAGGACAUCGAAGAUUUCAUUCAGACCAGAAUUCCAGGGGCAAGUGAUGGUGAACGAGGCGAGAAAGGAGAUCAAGGAGAGAGGGGUGAGCAGGGACCUCGAGGAGACACCGGGCUCCCAGGAAUCCCUGGCAGUGAUGGCCUUAUCGGACCAACAGGACCUCCAGGACUCAAGGGUGAAGCCGGUGAAUCAGUAGUUGGACCUCAAGGACCUGCUGGUAAAGAUGGCGUCCCAGGGGCAACAGGUCAGAAGGGAGACCAAGGCGAGAGAGGACUGCCUGGUCUCCCGGGACCUACAGUGACAGUGGAGGGGUCUGGUGACGGUGAUAGUGAGCCAGGACUACCGGGUACCCCAGGACUGCCAGGAGAGAAGGGAGAGAGAGGAGACAUAGGACCUCAGGGUCCUAAAGGAGAGCCAGGUACAUUUGAUGGCGACAUUAACGAUCUGAUUGGACCAGCCGGACCGCGGGGACUAACAGGAAAUCCUGGACUUCCUGGAGUGCCAGGACCAGCAGGCUUACCUGGUAAAGAAGGCCCCAUGGGACCACUAGGACUCAGGGGUGAGGAUGGAGCACCAGGCUCAGAUGGACGAGAUGGACAACUGGGACCAGAGGGACCGGCCGGUCCACAAGGCGACAUUGGGCCCCGUGGACUGCCAGGUGCCCCAGGGACCCCUGGAUUACCCGGUCAGACUGGGGCCCCCGGCCCUCCAGGAACGUGUUCCGGCUCUCCCAGCCGUGGAGAUAUCACUGGUCUGGGUGAUGAUUUGGAGUUUUCUGGAGAUGGGUGUGGUGGAGGAGACUGUACCUGUAUUGGCACCCCAGGACGAGACGGAAUUAAUGGCACAGAGGGGCCCCGAGGUUUACCGGGGUCCCCAGGAGUUCGAGGUGAAAAGGGAGAGAGGGGAUUACAAGGCAUAGCCGGAAAGGAGGGGCCUGCAGGCAAAAGGGGAGAAGCAGGACCAACGGGUGAGACUGGACGACAAGGGCCGCAGGGUCCCCAGGGUGAGACAGGUGCAAUGGGAUCCCCUGGUCUUCCGGGUGUGUCAGGGGAACCAGGUCUGACAGGACUGAAGGGGGCAAAGGGUGAAAAAGGAGAUGCCACUGUUGGAACACCAGGUAAAGACGGAAAAGAUGGCAAACAGGGACUUCCAGGCCCACCAGGGCCCCCGGGGCCAUCCAUCAGUGUAGUGGACCCAGGGUCAGGUGUAGGGGAAGUUCUGGAGGGGUCACCUGGUGAAAAGGGAGAAAGAGGAGAACCAGGCUUAGAGGGAAAACCAGGUACCCCGGGACUGCCAGGUGUGGAUGGGAAGAAAGGUGAUACAGGAGACAGGGGAGAGAAAGGCACGGUGGGGGAUACUGGAGCUGAGGGACCUAGUGGUGAGAAAGGGGAUAAGGGUGAUACAGGGCCCGUUGGACCGCCCGGUCUACCCGGAACAGGAGGAUCUGGAGGGGCUGUGACGGGAACAAAAGGAGAACCAGGAGCCCCUGGACUGCCCGGAAAGAUAGGUAAAAUUGGACCACGGGGCCUACCAGGUCGCAAAGGGGACAUCGGAAUGCCAGGGAUACCGGGUCGUAGAGGUUUCCGAGGAAGGAAGGGUGACCGUGGAUUUGGACUGCGUGGAUUUAAGGGAUUUCAGGGCCCCCCAGGUCUUCCCGGUCCCCCGGGCCAAGGACUCGGUCCAAGUGGAGAAAUCAUUCGUGGAGCCAAGGGAGAACGUGGAGACAGAGGUUUGCCAGGAAUCCCGGGAACAGGACGUGAUGGUUCAAAAGGAGAACGUGGUUCCAGGGGUUACCCAGGCCAGAAGGGUGAUGAUGGAAAGAAGGGUGAACCCUCGUAUAUCCAGGGACCACCUGGUCCCCCCGGACCCCAGGGACACAGUGGAGGGGGCAAUGGAAAUGGAGGGCUUGUUACCUUUAAAGAUUUCAGCAACAUGUUGUAUGCAGCCAAGUCUCUUCCGAUUGGCACAAUGACCUUUACUCUCAAAGAAGAAGAAGUUUAUGUUCGAGUGACAGAGGGAUUCAAACAAAUUACGGGACGAACAAUUCGGCUGAGUUCCAAUAUCAUCAGACUUCCAUCAGAAAAACCAGCAACCACCCCCAAGCCCAUUCCACUUCCUGGGCCUGAUAGUGUUAUGCAGGCAGACCAGCCUAGGUUAUACAUGUAUGCCUUGAGCACCCCAAAGACUGGGAAACUCCGUGGAUUGACAGGAGCUGACUACGCCUGUUAUAAAGAGGCUUACUACUCCGGAAUGUAUGGAAGAACCUUCAGGGCAUUCUUAGCCUCAAAGACGCAAAAUCUGUACUCCAUUGUGUCAGACAAAAAUAUUCCUAUUGUCAACAAAAAUGAUACGAUCAUAUUCAGCUCUUUCAAUGACCUGUUAAGGACGGGAGGAAGAUUUAACAGAAAUGUCAAGAUCUACACAUUUAAUGGAGAAGAUGUUAUGACCAGCUCUAAGUGGCCUGAGAAGAUGGUCUGGCAUGGGGCAGACAGUCAAGGAAACAAAAUGAAUGACAAAGAAUGUUCAGACUGGCGGUCGGACAGUUCCAACCGGGUCGGAUAUGCAGGUUCAUUGAAAGAUGGAAAAUUAGUAGAUAUGAUCGAAUACAGCUGUCGGAAACAACUGAUAGUGCUCUGCAUUGAGGUUUUACCAAAGAAACUCUUUUGCAGCCGAGAUUUUUAUAAGAUACUAGGAGUUUCAAAGAAUGCCAAGCUUAAUCAGAUUAAAAAAGCCUAUCGAACGCUGGCCAAGGAGCUGCAUCCAGACAAAAACCCCGGAGACGAGGAUGCCAACACCCGAUUCCAGGAUCUGGGGGCAGCUUAUGAGGUGUUGUCAGACUCGGAUAAAAGGAAGAUUUAUGACAAGCACGGAGAGGAGGGACUGAGUAAAGGGGAUGUAGGAGGAGAUCCAUUUUCCAGCUUCUUUGGAGAUUUUAGUUUCUUUGGAGGUGGAGGGGGUAACAAAGAUCGAGAGAUUCCCCGAGGUGGGGAUAUCGUGAUGGAUUUAGAUGUCACACUAGAGGAACUCUACAGUGGAAAUUUUGUAGAAGUUAUUCGGUACAAACCAGUAGCUAAACCAGCCAAGGGAACCAGAAAAUGUAACUGCCGGACGGAGAUGGUCACCCAGCAGCUCGGACCAGGUCGGUUCCAGAUGACACAACAGCAAGUCUGUGAUGAUUGUCCCAAUGUCAAAAUGGUUCCCGAGGAGAAAAUUUUGGAAAUCGAGAUCGAGCCAGGUAUGAGAGACGGACAAGAAUACCCAUUUGUAGCAGAAGGGGAACCUCACAUUGAUGGGGAACCAGGUGACCUCAGAUUUAAAAUCAAACAACAAAAACAUAGAAGAUUCGAGAGAAAGGGGGACGACUUGUACACAAAUGUAACAAUUUCCCUCAAAGAUGCCCUGAUUGGAUUUGAAAUGGACGUUAAACAUUUAGAUGGACAUUUGGUUCAUGUAGUUCGAGAUAAAAUAACUUGGCCAGGUGCCAGAAUGAGAAAAUCUGGAGAAGGGAUGCCCAACUACGAAAACAACAACGUCAAGGGUCAGCUAGUUAUUACGUUCGAUAUCGAUUUCCCCAAAGGCACUCUCACGGAGGAGGAAAAAGAAGCUUUAAUCAAGAUUUUAAAACAAGAUUCCAAACAAGUGGUUUAUAAUGGACUUCAAGCAAAUUUGUUUGCGUGAUGAAAGUGCAAUGUAGGGUGAAAUUAAGUAGAAAAUUGAAUGAUGUACAUGUAUGAUUAUAAUUAGUUCAUGUUUUUCAUAUCCUCCCGCCACCCUAAAAAAAAAAACCAAGCAACAACGAUAAUCUUUUUGCAUGUUGUUUUUAUUCGUAAGUUUUUGUAAUUAAUUUCUGAAAUUCUACUGCUGUUGUUUGGACAUAUGACUUGGUUUGCAUUAAGGUUGAAUACCGUGUUACUGGUCAUCCCGAGUAAUGAUCUCAAUUUGUCUCGGAGGUUGACCAUUGUAUAACUUGGUCAUUGUAGAGUACCUCAAUUUGUGGUAGUUAAGUUUAACGAGUUAACCGCGGGAAAGAAUGGUCUCUUUCUGUUGUUUAUUCUAUUAAUCAAAAAAUGUUUACUCAUUUUUGUGUCCUUUUGUUCAGGGAUUUUUCCUGGAAAGAAAACCCCCCAAUCUGCUAACUUUAUGUUGUUUAAAGCAAGUUAAUCAAGAAUUUAAGCUACUUACAGGACAAGAUAUGUAUUUAUAUACAUCUCAAAAAUCUGUUGUAAAAUGACUCUACUUUUCAUUCUGUUAUGAUAAAUUUUUCAGCGAAGCCAUUGUUAUGUUGUGACGGUUGUUACGUUUAUGUAACAUAAACGGAUAAAAUCCUGUUGUCUUUUGUGUUUAUGUGAGUUUAAUUACAACCUGUGCAAUUGAGUGUAUGAUUAUUCUUUUACUGUUACAGAUAACGUGUUAGAUUGGGAAGUGAAAGGUUUAUUGUGUACAAAUUCAUAUUUCAUGAAACAUACUCAGGGUGGACACAAAUUUCUGAACGUUACACGAUUGGUCAGAUUUCAUUUUGAUCGUAUCAGAAGCUGAAUAUCAAUCAAGACUGCUUGUGCGGGUCUUAUGAAUUGACAAUUAAGAUAUGAUUUUACCAAACUAGUGACUUCAGUUUUAUCGAACACAACUUUUAAAUCUUAAUUUGAAAGAAUAGAAAGCUGUUGUUUAUUAAAGGAUGUACAUGCUCAUGAAUUCAUUGAUGCAGAACAUGUAUUCACUUGCAUACUAACGUGAACAGAAUAGAGUGGUUCAUUGUAAAUUAUUGUCUAUUCAGGUCGACAAAAUCAUUUUCUAUGUAAUAUGUACUUAUUUAUGCAGGAAUAAAAGAACAAUGUCGUAGUAUGUGAGAGUGAAGUGAGAACAGUGAAGUGAGAACAGUUGUUUCCUUUAUUGACAAGGGCUUAAUACUUGAAUCUUUAGGGUUUUUACUUUGUUGUUGAGUACAAUUUGACCUUGAGAAAGUAUGGAAUUGUAAUUUUGAGUCUUGUGAAAUAAAGUGGGAUCUCCUA